CAACCAGUCAACAUUGACGCGCAUGCAAUACCCACGCGUAUGGUAGUUGUAUCUUGAUGCCAGUAUCCCUCCAUGACGAGCGGACUGCGCAACCAAUGCAAACGCUUCUCUUUCAAUUCCCGUCUUGAUGUAGCCAAAAGAAAACUCCAUUACGCGACACACCUAUGCCACCCAAGAGAGUCCGUACCGUCGAGGGGUCAUGCUGGUCUUGCAAACAACGCCGCGUCAAAUGCGACCUCCAAAAGCCAUCCUGCGGCAAAUGCGUCGUCGCAGGCACGAAAUGCAACUACGACAGGAUCCUGAUCAAAUGGGACGCCCGGCCCAGCAAAGGCUCACCCGUCGGCAAUCAACUGUGCUUAUAUCACAACUCACUGCCCGGUUCAGGAGGGUAUAACCUAGCCAUCAAUGAACGGCGCGCCAUCGACUAUUUCCGCUCGCGAGUAUGGCCGCUGUUCUCGACCUCGGCACAGCCAUGUCCCGCCCCCAUCGCCAUGGCCAUGGCCGAUCGAUCAGUCCUUCUCGCAACAUGUGUCAUGGCGGACUCGCAUCGUGUCCUGUUUGACGGGCGAAACAGCAAAGAAAACGUGCACAACAAGCGCCUCCAUUGCCUGACCACGGUGCGAAAGCAGCUCGCCGACGCGGCUGGCAGUAAAGGCAUGCCGCUUUCUACCGUGCUUGUCGCGGUACUUCUCAUGUAUUUUUCCGACGGUUUCGUCGAAUGCAAUCAACCCUCUUCUUCGACGCUGAGCCAUCAUGCCGGCGCAAGAGCAAUCAUCGACUCUCUCGGCGGGUUACCCACGAUCAUGUCCGACGGCGAAAUGUCAAUGAAGAUGCUCCUAUCCGAAUUCGCCACAACAUCAUUAACAAACACCCUCCUUCACGGCACAGCUCCUUCAUUCCCGUCGCAUGUCUGGGAUAUGAUGGACACGAACGCCGUGUGGUGGGAAAACACACCUUCGGGAAUGGAGACCUUCUCAUCCAUUUUCCGCAAAAUGUCCGAGCUCGCCUUGUAUCAGGAUCUCGUCUCCAGUGGCCAGCAGGAAUUCUCCAUCGAAAGAAUCAAAGAAUUCGAAGCCGACCUCCGGCCCGGUUACGCUUCAAUCAGCCCCAUUGAGCUCACCGACCGCGAAGAUCUAGAGGACUCCAAACCCUUGGACCCAGACAUGGUCCCAUCCUCAGCACUACUACGCGCCUUCCAACAUUCAGCCAAUCUCUACCUCUACCGCGCCGUAUGCGGACUGCCAGCCAACCACUACGUGGUCCAACAACAUGCACAGGCUUGCCUCGAUUGUAUCAUGGGCAUGCCUCCACAGUCAAAGGCUCUCAACUGUUCUCUCUUCCCACUGCUGGUGGCGGGCGCUCACGCUGUCAUCGAAUCCUCUCAGCAGGCGAUCUUGCGGAAACUGGACCUUGUGUACGGCAAUCUCAAGUUCAACGCCGUCAAGUCGAUACGUUCGGCACUUGAGGAUCUCUGGAAGUCACCCCAGCAGUGCGGAUCAUGGUUUGAUAUGUUCGCCAGCCUAGAUCCGCAGGCCCUGGUGUUAUAAUAAAAGUCAUCAAAGACGAGGCGCCAAUGAUCUCUCUUGGACCAUGCCACUGGUGAUCGAGUCAUUCUCCAACCUCCAUGCACAGGUUUUGGUAUUAUGGAAACCUAGGAUAGCUACCGGUAGCAACCUCGGGAGAGCAUUGAGAGUCUAUUCGUCCUGGCGAUCUUUGAGGACUUUGAGAUGAUUUACGUUGUGUGUCUGGGAGGCAUUCAGGCUGUCACGAUCCGCCUGACCACGACCAUCUGGCGUUGACUACUAUCAAGGGCUUCACACGUCCGGGUUUCUAUCCUCUGCGUCAAUGGCUUCCUAGGUAAACGAU